AUGGACACGACCGAGGAGACCUCAACAACAGGUCUGACGGAGCCUGAUCGUCUUUGCCAACCUUGUAUCGACUGUGGAGUUGCCCAGCUAUUGGAUGACCUUCGAGAUAACGUACCUCUAAGCCGUAAUCGGCAAACCAUGGAGAUCGAAUUUUUCGACAGCGAUGACGAUGACAACGAAAAGUCCAAUGACGGUUUUGGACUGUCCGUGAUUCUCGGCAUAAAUUCAGAGCGAAGGAUCACCGUUGGGACAGCGGCGAGUAUUCGAGACCGUGAGGGUUGCCCGGUCUGCGAUCUCAUCACCCAUAUCUUGCCGUCAGAGUUCCGGAACGAGCUGUCAGGCUCAGAAAUCAUCUUGCAUCUACCGAAACCCGGGCUACCAGAACCUCCAUCGGUCACUACUAUCAGUACCCAUCAAAGAAAAGAAAGUGAAAUCGAAGGCCGUAGCAGAGAACAGAAGCUGUACAUCACCACAAUAGUUAAUGGCACGUAUCUUACAUUUGGCUGCAUCCAUUUUGCCACUCCUGGAUCAGCCAAGACGACAGCGGAAAUCUCUGAUCAUGGCCGGCGAGGCAUCAUAAAGCAUGAGAUCUGCUUUCAACCAGAGAUGUAUCUUCUAAAUAUUCUCAAGUUGUACGAUGCUGUUGAAUUGCUCAACGAAGACAUUCAAAAAUUGAAUUCGAGCAAUAAUGAAGAAAAGGAGGCUGCUGUUACAAAUCUGAAACUAAUAUCGAAGGUUAUGGUAGCUAUCCUCCAAGCAGCUUCCCAACGUACCACGGUGAGCCAGGAUGUACAGGUUGGUCCUGCGCUCCAGAUCCUUUUGAUCGAUGUUGAUGAGAACAAAUUGGUCGAAACAACUACUUCAAGGAAGUAUCUAGCCUUGAGUUAUGUUUGGGGCACAGGAGAAGUCUUUAAGAUCACGACCGAUAAACGCGCAGAGCUUGCAGAAGAGGGUUCUCUGAGUCGUGCCAAACUCCCAAAAAUCGUCCGUGAUGCUAUUUCUUUCACAAGGAAGUUGCAACAACGCUACUUGUGGGUAGAUGCUUUGUGCAUCGAACAAAAUAAAGACUCCAUGCAAAAGGCCACCCAGAUACAAAACAUGGAUGCGAUUUAUGGAGGUGCCUACUUGACUCUGGUAGCAUGGACAGCGAAAAGCUCUGACUCAUCUCUCCCUGGUAUCUCGGACUUAGAAUCAGACUCAGAGUUUCGUUACAAACCACAGAUUAUUCGAAGAGAGGUGAACGGACUUCUUUUGGAGAACAGAUUGUCAGACGACUUGAUGCACCUGGACGAUUAUGCGAAGAUAUCGCAUUACGAGACUCGUGCAUGGACCUUCCAAGAGAGGAUCCUGUCGAGACGAUGUCUCUUCUUUCAUGAGAGAGAGGCCUUGUUCGUGUCUGAUAUUUCAAAAAAUAGCAUUGGUAUCACCUGUGCCGGAUUCGGUCCCAAAAGCAGAUGCAAGGGGUGCAAGGUGAUGGAUGUACCACCGAAAGGACAUAGCAUAAACACGGCUAUUUAUAGCUUGAUAAAUGCCGGCAUUGUGUCAACUGCACCCCAACUCGAACAGUACUCAUUCUUUGUUGAGAAAUACAUGGAGCUUAAUCUGACGAUGAAAUCCGACCGGCUCAAUGCUUUCCAAGGUCUCCUGUCUUACUUGAGACCAGAUAUUGGCGAUACCGUGGCUUGCCUACCGAUUGCGUGGUCACCUCGAGUUCUUCUCUGGGGCUGUGUGCCCGGUGAACAAGAACCAGUGAGGAAUGUUUUGUUCCCUAGCUGGUCUUGGGCAGGCUGGGAAGGUAGGGUAACAUACUCGGCCUUUUCUCGUAGUGAUUGGGAAUUCCACAUCCAAGAGAUCCGUGGAUCAGCAUCGCCUAAGAGCUAUUCAAGACUCCUAUGGACCGCCGGAGAAAACACUAUAUCAGACGAAGCAGACGCAUUGGUCCCUCAUGCCUCUAUCAAAAUUCUGAACUUUGAAGCGGACACCGUCGAUCCAGCUUCUGGUGUGGGUAGCCUCCCUGUGCCCCCAAAUAAUCACAUAUAUGUCUUGUUGGCCGUGGGAAUCAGCUUCGAGGUCUACCAUGACAAGCGCGUUAACGUAUUGGAGGUCAAACGGAACGGUGACUGUUUCGAGAGAGUGGCCUUACAUCUUUUCGAAAGGGACGCAUGGCAGAGUGCGACAAUACAGAAACGGUCCAUUUACCUAGGAUAA